AUGACUGCCUCAAGCCGCCCCGCCGAGUACAGAGACGUUCGCACCGCGAACCUCAACACAAUCACCUUUGACAACCUCUUCGACAAGGAUGAGGCUGAGCUCAAGCGCCUCAUCGAGUCUUGCGAAAAGGAUGGAUUCUUCUAUCUCGACCUGAAGAGUGCCGCAUCCCAAAAGUUCUGGAACGACCUCUACACGAUCGACAGCACUACCAAGGAGUGGUUCAAGCAGCCCAUCGAGAAGAAGCUCCAGACCCCCACUGUUUCGCUUGCGCACGGAUUUAAGGCCGUGGGUAACCAGUCCGGCUCCAUUGAAUCCAAGAAGGAUGGUUUCGAGGCUCUCAAGAUUGGCAAGAGUGAGCUCGAUGGACGAUGGGCCCUCCCUGAUGUUGUAUCGGACAACCUUCCCCUGUUUGACCAGUUCGCUUCAUCUUGCCACUUCAUCUCCAAGCUCCUCCUCGACUGUCUCUCCGACGGCCUCAACCUCAAGGGCGAUGCUCGCUUCGAGACUCACCACCGCGACGACUGCCGCUCCAAGAGCACCCUGUACUUUUUGCACUACCCCCCUGGCGCCCAGGACCCCAACAAGGUCGGCCAGAACAUGCACACGGACAUCGGAACGUUGACGAUCCUCUAUGCGCCUCAGUGGGGACUCCAGGUCUUCUCCCCUGCCGACGGUGCCUGGGAGUACGUUGAGCCUCGCCCCAAUCAGAUCAUCGUCAACGUCGGCGACACGCUUCGCUUCCUCUCGGGCAAGCGCUUCAAGUCUGCCCUUCACCGCGUUCUUCCUCUCGGAGGAAUUCAGAUUGAGGACCGCCACUCUAUCUCGUACUUCCUGCGAGCUUCUGACUCGACUGAGUUCAAGGACAGCGACGAGGAUGAGUCGAAUGCUAAGCAGUGGUACACCAAGAAGUACGCCAUGUAUGAGAUGCCCCAUGUCAUCCAGAAGCAGCAGACGACACUCUCGGGUGGAAUGGCGCAAGAGCUUCAGGCCACCUUCUAG